AUGGGGAAGCCAGACUGCGAUCGGUCUGACCUCUUAGUCGAGAAUGUUUGGGGAGUCCCCAGAUCACCGGAUGAGUUCGUGAAGCCUGCUGAGCUAGCAAGGCUCCGCGCCUUGUUCUUCCACAGGUGCACUGCUAGAGCUCGUGAACUUGAGGAUGCCGAGCAGGAACUGAAGAAAUCCAUGCCGGGCGGCCACGUCGCUACCAUCCUUGCGCCCAAGCGACUCCUGCUGUGGCGAGGGUUGAUGGAAGAGUUCGGGUAUCCUGCCUUGGAAGUUUUCGAUGUAGCCUCCGGCGUCGAUUGGGACGAAGCACUGGGCUCCACGGCGGCUGCAGCCGAGGCGACCCAG